AUGUUGGACCAAAUGGCGAACGAAAUCAAACUCAUCUCGGGGAGCUCCCACCCUGAAAUCAGUGCCAAAGUCGCUAGUCGGCUCGGCAUUGAAAUCGCCAACACUAUGAGCCUCAACUACUCCAACCGUGAGACUAGCGUUUCUAUCGGCGAGUCUGUCCGUGAUGAGGACGUCUUUAUUCUCCAAUCUACUGCUCCUGGAGAUGUCAACGAUGGAUUGAUGGAACUGCUCAUCAUGAUCCACGCUUGUCGAACUGCCUCGGCCAGACGUAUCACUGCUGUUAUUCCCAGCUUUCCUUACGCGCGCCAGGAUAAGAAGGACAAGUCUCGAGCUCCUAUCAGUGCCAAACUGAUCGCAAACAUGCUUCAAGUUUCUGGAUGCAACCAUGUCAUCACCAUGGACCUCCACGCUUCUCAGAUUCAAGGCUUCUUCAAUGUCCCAGUGGACAACCUUUACGCAGAGCCCUCUGUCCUUCGUUGGAUCAGAGAGAACCUUAAUGUGGAAAACUGCGUGAUUGUUUCACCCGAUGCUGGUGGCGCCAAGCGUGCUACCUCUCUGGCUGACCGCCUCAACACUGGAUUCGCUCUCAUUCACAAGGAGCGCCCUCGUCCCAACGUCGUUGGCCGCAUGGUGCUCGUUGGUGACGUCCAGGACAAGGUCGCCAUCCUAGUCGAUGACAUGGCAGACACUUGUGGAACUCUUGCCAAGGCUGCUGAGACCGUCCACAAGCACGGUGCCAGUGAAGUCUAUGCCAUCGUCACUCACGGUAUCCUGAGUGGCAAGGCCAUUGACACCAUCAACAGCUCUGUCCUCUCUGGUCUCGUUGUUACCAACACCGUGCCUCUGGGUGACAAGAUUGAGCGAUGCCCCAAGCUCAAGGUCAUUGAUGUCUCCGGAACCCUCGCUGAGGCUAUCCGACGAACCCACAACGGAGAAUCUGUCUCCUACCUUUUCAACAACGCCCCCGUCUAA